UAGAAAAUACGUGUCAAUACAUGUCUGGUAUCUGUCAUAAGAAAUUUGCACUGAGGAUAUUUAGUCAUUCUACUCUACAAGCUGAUAAUGUCUCAUUGGACUAGAUACGUGUAGCAGGUGCAGGCUGUUAGAAAAUAUGUGUCAAUGUCUCCAUAUUUCUCCAUCUCUUUCUAUGCUUAUUCCACUUUUCUCCUCUGUCAUUGUAAGCGAAAUAAAAGCGAACUCAACCUCUAUUGCUUUUCGGGUCAGAAUUUGGAAAGGUAGUUUCUUGGCGUUUGACUGGUCAUGGGUUUAAGCCGUGAAAAUGGCCUCUUGAAGAAAUGCGGGGUAAGCCUGCCUAUCGUUAACCUUGUGGUCCGGUCCUUCCGUGCACCUCAUGCAUAGUUGGAGCUUUAGUGCAUAGAACUGCCCUAUUAAUGGUUAUGCACUAUGUUGAGCUGGUCAAAAUUUGGAAAGGUGGUUUCUUGCCUUCUCAAGGGCCUUGGCAUAACUGGUAAAGUUACCUUAAUGUGAUUAGGAGGUCACGGCCUCACGGGUUUGUGUUGGAAAAAUGGUAUCUUGAAGAAAUGGAGGGUAAGGUUGCGUAGGUAAAGUUGAAUGUCUGUGCACUAGGUUGAACUGGUCAAAAUUUAUAAAGGCGGUUUCUUGCUUGAUAUUGAAGUUAACACUGGUUUUUGAAAUGUUGCUUUUGGCUGGUGAUUAUGUGCUUUCUGAAGUUUUCUCCUUUCAUUAGUUUGUUAAUUACUUGGUAAACCAACUAGGGUCAAUAAUGGUUAUGCAGAAGAAUGAACAGGUACUGUUGUAACAUGUCAAAUUACGAUGAUCGUGCAACAAUGUUAUGUUCUUUUUAGAGAGGAGGCUAAAUCUGUCCGUGAGAUGAGGGAUUAUUUCAGCGAUUUGUUAAAUGACGAGAUGGGAUGGAUGCUCCUUUGAGAAAGGGGUAGAUGAACAAGAUAGCUUAAGCAGAACAAACGAUAAAUUGGGCUUCCUUUAUUUUCAGUAUUUCGUGAGUUGUACUCCAUAUGGAAGAGUUCCU